AUGUUGUCUGGAAGUCUCGUUCGAAAUGUGCGCCGUGGUUUCGCUGUAACGAAGUCGUUACAGGUUUCCGGCGGAACAAUUACAGCUAAGCGUGCCAAUCUUUACCCCCUGAUUAGUAGCAUGGCCCGAUCUUAUGCUACUAAAAAAGAAUAUCCUCCAUACACAGUUUUAAAUAUGCCAGCUUUGUCUCCUACUAUGACUGCUGGUAAUAUUGGAGCAUACCACAAAAGUAUUGGAGACAGAAUUGAGCCUGGUGAUGUGUUGUGCGAAAUUGAAACUGACAAGGCUCAGAUGGAUUUUGAACAACAAGAUGAGGGUUAUUUGGCUAAAAUUUUGAUUGAGACAGGUGCUAAGGAUGUCCCUGUCGGCAAGCCCGUUGCUCUCACUGUAGAAAACGUGGACGAUGUAGAAGCUUUCAAUGAUUUCAGCAUCGAAGCUGCUGCUACUGAAACUCCUGAAACUCCUAAAGAAGAACCCAAGGUAGAAAAGGUUGAAGCUACUGCUCAACCCGAAGCUGCCGAGGCUGAGACACAUGAAGCCACCAGUGUUGACGGCAACCGAAUCUUUGCAUCUCCUAUUGCUAAGAAGUUGGCUGAAGAGAAGGGUGUUAACUUGUCUCAACUGCGCGGAUCUGGUCCCAAUGGCCGUAUCAUCAAGGUCGAUGUCGAAAACUUUAAACCCGCCCAACCUGCCGCUCCUUCAAAUAAAGCUGCUGCUGCCGCAACUACUCCUGCUGCUUCUGUUAAGGACGCUGCUGCCGCUGGCACCUAUGAAGAUUUACCCUUGAGCAACAUGCGCAAGAUUAUCGCUUCUCGCCUUACUGAAAGUAAGCAAAUCAACCCUCAUUACUAUGUUAGCGUCGCCAUUGAUGCCGAAAAGAUUGUUCGCCUUCGCACUGCUCUUAACUCUAUGGCUGAUGGCCGUUACAAGCUCUCUGUUAAUGACCUCGUAAUUAAGGCUGUUACUGCCGCUUUGAGAGAAGUUCCCGAAGUUAAUUCCGCUUGGAUGGGUGAGUUUAUUCGUCAAUAUAAGAACGUCGACAUUUCUAUGGCCGUUGCUACUCCUUCCGGCUUAGUUACCCCCGUUAUCCGUAAUGCUAGUGGCCUUGGUCUUCGUGAAAUUUCCAACCUGGCUAAGGACUAUGGUCAACGUGCCCGUAUCAACAGAUUGAAGCCUGAGGAAUACCAAGGUGGUACUUUCACAAUCUCUAAUUUGGGUAUGUUCCCUGUUGAUCAAUUUACUGCUAUUAUCAACCCUCCUCAAGCUGGUAUCUUGGCUGUUGGUACUGUUAACGAGACUGUUGUUCCUGAUAAGACCUCUGAGAAGGGCUUCAGGGUUGCUCCUAUUAUGAAAUGCACUUUGAGCGCUGAUCAUCGCGUUGUUGACGGUGCUAUGGCUGCUCGUUUCACCACCGCUCUUAAAAAGAUCAUGGAAAAUCCUUUGGAGCUCUUGCUUUAA